UUUCAGUAAUCGAUCGAUUGUUGAUGUUUUUUCAUUCUAAUUUACUUUGUGUAUUGUGUACAGGUAAAAGUAUACAAAUGAUUGUAUUAAGAUAAAAAAAAGUUUAUGCAAAUAACUCAACAAGUCCAAGCAAUCACGCAUGGGAGGUUGUACACUAAUGCACCAUUUCUGGAAUUUAACUGUUGCACUCCCAUUAACAAUAUGGACUACGAUUAUCUUAUCAAACUUCUUUGUGUUGGGGAUUCUGGGGUCGGUAAAACAAGCUUCCUAUACAAGUAUACUGACGGCGUUUUCCAUACACAGUUCAUUUCCACAGUGGGGAUUGACUUCAGGGAGAAAAGUGUGAUUUACCAGCAAAAUGGGAGACAGCAUCGAAUUCACUUACAACUUUGGGAUACAGCAGGACAAGAAAGAUUUCGCAGCCUCACCACAGCUUUUUAUCGUGAUGCUAUGGGUUUCCUUUUGCUGUUUGACCUCACCAAUGAAGCCUCUUUCCUUGAAGUCAGAAAUUGGAUUGAACAGUUAAAGACUCACAGCCUCUCAGAAGAUCCAGACAUAGUUCUGUGUGGCCACAAAUGUGAUUUACAAGAAAAGAGGUUGGUUAAUCAGAAUCGGGCACGGGAGUUUGCCAAGAACUACAACCUGCCAUAUUUAGAGACUAGUGCCAAAUCGGGACAGAAUAUUGACAGAGCCAUUGAGAUUUUACUUGACCGCAUUAUGAAUAGAAUGGAGUCAUCAGUAGAGUAUGCAAUGCUCUGUGCAUCAGGAAGACGGCGCCAAUCUCUCCAAAAACUACAAGCAAGCAAAGACAAGAAGUUUUGUUCAUGCUAAAUGUUUUAUAAUCUGUGAUUUGAUACUGUCUUAUACACUCUACUUACCUUGAAAAAAGUAUUGCUAUUCUAUACAAUUUAUGAUAAAUAUUUUUUAUUCUUCGCAAAGGUUUUAUAUUGUAACUUGGAACCAAAAAUUAUUUAUUCCUAAAGGGUCUAUGGUUAAUGAGACUGAUUUUUGUUUUCUAGUUCCUGGCUAAGUAUUUGUUAUACAUUCCAUGAGCCAUUGCAACUGUAUCAUAGGUUUAAGUUUAAAAUGAUAUCCUAUCUAGUCAUGUGCAUUUAUUGUUAUAUCUUUACUGUUUUAGUAUUAAUGAUCUGAUCUGCCAACUUUGUAGUAUUUUUAUGAGAUUUUUAAUUGUUCAACACAUUCCAUGUUUGAAAUAUUAUUGAGAAAGUUGAAUACCUAUAGAAAGUUCAAUCCAUCUCAAUAGUGCAAUAGGUACUAAUUUGUUCCUUACGAUAAGUGCAGGGUACCUAUCCUAGUCAGAUUUAUGGUACACAAUGGUUUCUUUAAGAAUUUGCCUGUUAUGAGAAAUAUCUGUAACAUUUGGUAAACUCAAAAGAACUUUUUCAUUUUUAGUGUCCUAUUUAUUGAAUCUGGUGAAAAUGUGAAGAAACCAAACAGUAAAUAUAAUACCUACCUAAUGUUGUCAUAGCGUAGGUAUAUGUACUAUUAUAGAAUAAUUAUUUAGUUAAUAAUUUGCUUGUGUUUUGUUAUUGAAUGUUUUGCACAAGUGUGAUAUUUUAGUAGCACAAAAUACUUAUACAAUGUACCCUAAACCCACUGAGUUGAUAUGCAAAUGUUUUUGUAAAAAUCUUAUGAUAUUUGAUAUUCAGGAGUUUAUUGAGGUACCCGAGUUAUUGAAGUAAAAGUGUGUAAUCUGAAUGAAUUGAAUUGUUAUACAAGUUUACAUUUUUAAUCAUAUUGAUAAUGUAAGUGGACAUUUUUGUAAAGGUGUGUUUGGACUAACACCCUGUAUAAUUAUAGUGUAUGGGCGAAGUGAAAAUGUUACUUUAAGAUUUCAACAAAAUUGUUCACGCACAAUGGUUGCAGUUUUGUCCAGAUUUUAGAAAUGUUCGCACGCAAUUUUUUCCUGUUUGUCCAAGAAGACCAGAAAAAAUAUUUAAUUAUUAAAAUCUCAUCGUUAUGAAUCGAAAUUCUGUUAUGACCCAUAGCAAAACUAUCAAAAGCCAUAAAUUAUCGAAAAAGUCUUGUGUUAGACUAAACACACCUAUCGUAUUUUAAAAAUAGACUUGAUAACGAAGUAUUUUACGUAGGAACCUAUUUGACGAAGUCACGAUAUCUUAAAGUAGCGACCCAAUGACGCUUCUGUCCCCCCUAGUAUUAAUGAGGAAAAGUCCGUUUGUCGUUAAUAAUCAUACCAGAAUUAUCCUCAUAAAAAAUAAGUAUUAUAACGUGAAACACACCCGUAUGAAACGCACACAAUUAAAGGCUCGAGCAGACCGGA